AUGGUCUCAGACGCAAGCAAGAAGAAGGCCGCGGCCAAGAAGCUUGCUGCAGCCGAGAAGCGUGGAUCUAAGUCUGCGGCUGUUGUUGCUCAGUCAAAGUUGAAAGAUGUGUCCAACGGUACCACAGCUGAUACCCUGGCGGAGGAAUUAGCUGCCGCCAAUAUCACGGAUCGGACGUGUACGGGUAUUUUAGCGUCGCACGCCCAGUCAAGGGAUAUUCAUAUCGAAUCUUUGUCUGUAACGUUUCACGGUCACGAGCUGGUUGCAGACUCAACUUUGGAAUUGAAUUAUGGAAGACGGUACGGAUUACUUGGACUCAAUGGUUGUGGAAAGUCGACGCUGCUUACUGCAAUCGGGCUUCGAGAAGUUCCAAUUCCAGAGCACAUGGAUAUUUACCACUUGACUAGAGAGAUUGAUGCCACAGACAUGACGUCGCUUCAAGCUGUUAUGAACGUUGAUUCUGAGAGGUUACUCUUGGAAAAGGAGGCUGAAAAGCUUUCCCAACAAGAUGAUGGUGGUGGUGAGCCGUUGGAGCGCAUUUAUGAGAGAUUAGAGGCCAUGGAUUCAGCUACAGCUGAGAUGCGAGCAGCGCAAAUCUUACAUGGUCUCGGAUUUACAAAGAAAAUGCAAAAUAAGAAAACGCGGGACUUUUCCGGAGGUUGGAGAAUGAGAAUAGCACUGGCUCGUGCUUUGUUCAUGAACCCAACGAUCCUCUUGCUGGAUGAACCCACAAAUCAUCUUGAUUUGGAGGCUUGUGUGUGGUUGGAGGAGACCUUAAAGAAGUUUGAGCGAAUUUUGGUGGUUGUAUCACAUUCCCAAGAUUUUUUGAAUGGUGUGUGCACGAACAUCAUUCACAUGCAAAACAAACAACUCAAGUUUUACACAGGAAAUUAUGAUCAGUAUUGUCAGACACGAGCAGAGCUGGAAGAGAAUCAGAUGAAACAGUAUCGCUGGGAACAAGAGCAGAUCUCAGCAAUGAAGGAAUAUAUCGCCAGGUUCGGACACGGUUCUGCAAAGCUUGCUCGACAGGCUCAAAGUAAAGAGAAGACACUCGCUAAGAUGGAAAGAGGUGGACUAGCUGAGAAGGUAGUCAGGGAUAAGGUUUUGACUUUCAGGUUCACAGAUGUUGGAAAAUUGCCGCCACCUGUGCUUCAGUUUGUUGACCUAAAGUUCGGCUACACACCUGACCAGUUGAUCUACGAAAAGGUGGAUUUUGGAGUGGAUCUUGAUUCUCGGAUUGCCCUUGUGGGACCAAACGGAGCAGGAAAGAGUACUCUCUUAAAACUCAUGACUGGUGAGCUAGAGCCACUAGAUGGUAUGGUACGCCGGCACAACCAUCUUCGCAUUGCUCAAUAUCAUCAGCAUCUUGCGGAGACUUUAUCCCUUGAGAUGUCAGCUCUUCAAUAUAUGAUGUCUGAGUAUCCCGGUUUGGAGGAAGAGAAAAUGCGAUCUGCAAUCGGGCGCUUUGGGCUCACAGGCAAAGCUCAGGUCAUGCCAAUGGGUAAUCUUUCUGAUGGGCAGAAAAGCCGUGUGAUUUUUGCGUGGUUAGCGUGGAGACUUCCCCACCUACUCUUACUGGACGAACCGACGAAUCAUUUGGAUAUUGAAACAAUUGAUUCUCUUGCGGAGGCUCUGAAUGAGUGGGAUGGAGGUCUGGUCCUUGUUAGUCACGACUUCAGACUAAUUAACCAGGUUGCCAAAGAGAUUUGGGUAUGUGAGAAGAAAACAAUUACCAGGUGGAACGGUGACAUCAUGGAUUUCAAGAGACACCUUAAGAAGACCGCGGGACUCUAGGUUACUAUUGUUGAGUGAUGCAGCGGAGGACUGCUAUGUCCCCAAUUUCUGACGGUUACUGCUACUACCAUUGAAGACAUUUAGGGGUAAUGACGCAAAUGUUGGGAGUGGAUGUCGUAUAUUAAAUGUGAACUUGUCCUCAUCUUGGGUACCAACAUCAUUUUUUCCUCCAUGGAACUCCAUCAGCUUCUGCAUUCAAAGCGGACUACAAAAUCCGCUUUGUGUCCUUCCGCAGGUACCACCGAUGAGUAACAUCUGUGUGAGUAAAGCAUGAAGGUAGGAUCGGCUUAUUAAUUUUUGGAUGGGGAAACCUGCAGUGCGUGUCCUUUUUUUGAGCACGUGCGUGAGUUGGUUUUCGGACAUUUGUUCCAAGUGGACUGCAACAGUGCAAAGCCACUACGCGGAAAUGUGAAGCCUGGUGAUGCCCCUGGUAUCCCAUUCGCAAUGGUUUUCUGGAGAUGUGAGCGACGGGCGCCUCUUAGGCAAUUUAGGUCGUAAUUUCAUUUAUUAAGGUAUUCUUUCUACAGAGCUAUUUGCUAAGAGUCCUGUAAUGCCUUCGUCUAUGCAUUAUCAGAAUAAGUCUCACAUUUCUGUAAUUUUUAAUAUGAUAUAUGUGAAGUGUUGAUUUUUUCCACAAAUAUAUGUUUUA